AUGGAUUUGAUUUUUCAGGCACCAAUUAUCCCAAGUGAUGACCCGAGACCGUACAAGAAUCUCAUGAAGGUGUUAUGCAACACAAACACCUCUGCAGGAUUCAAGCCUACUAGAGACGUCUCAUUGCUAGAAUAUAACCUAAAAGCCUUUGACCUUGGGCCACCACGCCUCGGAGAACCCCCAGACAAGUGUCCACUCCUUGCCUUCUUUGCCGAUGCUGCUCUUGGAGAAAUCAGAAGCAUUCUGUUUGGGCAUGGGAAGGAAAAAGAUGAUGAAGUUCGAGUUUACGAAAAGCUCCCUAGGGACCUGAACUACCACAAACUAAUGGGACAAACCAAGUUCUGCUUGUGCCCAAGUGGGUCUGAAGUGGCAAGUCUUAGAGUUGUGGAGGCAAUGCAUGCAGGGUGUGUCCUGGUGUUGAUUUCUGACUACUAUGCAGUACCAUUUGAUGAUGUUCUUGAUUGGAGCAAGUUUUCGAUACAAAUUCCGUCCAAGAGAAUAUCAGAAAUCAAGACAAUACUGAAAGCUGUUCCUUACUCAAGGUACUUGAAAUUGCAGAAGAGGGUGAUGCAAGUAAAAAGGCACUUUGAGCUCAAGCGAACAGCUAAGCCCUAUGGCGUAUUUCACAUCGUGCUCCACUCGAUAUGGCUUAGAAGGCUCAACAUUCGGUUACCAGAUCGGUUUUGA